UCUCUUUUCUUGUCCAUCUCUUGUCACGCUUGGCCUGGUGCUUGUUUAAAUCCUUCGUUUUUAUUGGGCCAUUCAGUCGCACAUUUCUGGUCGCCCGUCAAAUCUCAGAUCGGCCCGUGCCACAAGUUUUAUUUUUUUAUUCUUUUUCUAGCCGACAAUGGCGUCUCAAUUGAUUCAUACACUCGCCCCUCGGGCGGAAACCUGCGACACUAGCAACGACUAUGACGGCCGCAUGGGUUUGCGUAUUUCUUCCGUCUUCGUCAUCUUGAUCGCUUCGACCUUUGGCGCUGUCUUCCCCGUCAUGGCCCGUCACCUGAGCAACUCCGGUGUUUUUAAAUGGGGCUUCUUCAUCGCCAAGUUCUUCGGUUCUGGUGUCAUUAUUGCGACUGCAUUCAUCCAUCUUCUCGGUCCUGCAGAGGAAGCUCUGACCAAUGAAUGUCUUACGGGCCCCAUUACCGACUACAGCUGGGUGGAAGGAAUCAUCCUGAUGACCGUUGUGGUCUUGUUCUUUGUGGAGCUUAUGGUAAUGCGGUAUGCUCACUUUGGCGCGGACCACGCCCACGAGGCGGUCGGAGAUCAUAGCCCAACAGUCAUCGAAGCCCCGAUACACGACUCCAAGGACCACGUCCCCGGCCAGGAUCACCUGGGCCACUCGCGCGAGCACGUCGAUGAGGAAGCAGGUCUGAAGGAACGUGUCGAAGAGUACAUGGCGCAAUUGACCGCGGUUUUCAUUCUCGAAUUCGGUGUCAUCUUCCACUCCGUCUUCAUCGGUCUCACCCUAGCUGUGUCUGGCGACGAGUUCAUCACCCUGUACAUUGUCCUUGUUUUCCACCAAAUGUUCGAAGGCCUGGGUCUGGGAUCCCGUCUGGCAAUGAUCCCGUGGCCGCGCUCCAAGCGGUGGACACCCUACAUCCUGGGCAUCGCCUUCGGUCUGUCGACGCCCAUCGCCAUUGCCAUCGGCCUGGGUGUGCGCAAGAGCUACCCCCCAGAGGGCUACACGACGCUCAUCGUCAAUGGCGUGUUCGACUCGAUCUCCGCCGGUAUCCUCAUCUACACUGCCCUGGUGGAGCUGAUGGCGCACGAAUUCAUGUUCAGCGCCUCGAUGCGGAAGGCUCCGAUCCACGAGGUCCUUGCUGCGUUUUUCCUUUUGUGUCUGGGUGGUUUGCUGAUGGCGCUCUUGGGUAAAUGGGCUUAAAAAAUGGGAUUUAUGGGUAAUGGAUAUUUAUGGUUUCUUUUUUUUUUUUCAGUUUUUAAAAGGUACAUAUGGGAUAAACUAAGUUAUUAUUGCAUUGUUAGCAAAUGAAUUGCUUUCUUUAAUAUUUAUUCUGUGCCCCG